AUGGAAGAAAUAAGACGGCGACCGUUUAAAGUUUGUAACUCAGAUCGGACAAGAACCAUAGGGAUGGUUUUACAAAGCCUUGAAGAACUGAAAGACAGGGCGGGGAACAAGUUUGGUUUAACACCAACAACCUGCCGUGUGUUUCUUGAGAAAGAUGGAACUGAAAUAGACAGUGAGGAAUAUUUUAGUUUUCUUGACGAUCAAACAAAGCUGAUGGUUGUCAAUGAUGGAGAGGAGUGGAUGGCUGGAUCACAGAGUAAGUUAUUGAAGAUAACCCUUAUUUAUUUAGUUGCUAAUCACUGCUUUAUACGAAGUAAUUUUGUAUCAACUGAUCGGCAUUCACUUAAAUUAUUAUUAUUUAAUAUGCAUUAAACAUGCAAUAAAUAUCGGUAAGCUUCCCUGCUUUCAUGUUGUAGGAACUAAUACGAAACCUUUUAACAGCCAUUGUUUUUGUUUUCUCGGGCAGGUGUGAAUCGCUGUUAUUGCAAAUCAGACCUCUAGAAUUGCAUUAUAAAAUGAACUAGUUUUUAGUAAGGCCAUCCCCAUAAAAUGUUUUGUUUCCCAUCGCCCGACCGACCCAUUUUUUUGGAAAAGUAAAAAAAAAAAAAAAAUCCAGAAUCACUUGUAAAGAAGCAAAUUUACAAGCACACGAUCUUAGACAUUUGAUAGUCCUGUUAAUAGACAUCUUUUACCAUCUGAUUAUAUCUUGCAGACUAAACGUGAGAUUUAAUAUGCAAUCAUGUGUUCAUUCUUUCUUUUUUUUUUUUGCCCAACCAACUGACCCACCUUCACGAGAGGGAGGGCGAUGGGAAACGAAACAUUUUAUGGGGAUGGCCCAAUAGGGAUACACUGUACAUCGACUAAGGCAGGAAUGAAGAGUUAUGGUAACGAAAAUGUACCUUGCUUUACUUCCUAGUGUUUGAAAUGGUGGUCGAAUAGGUAUGGUACGUUUCAUUUUUUAUAUGCAUUCCCAUUAUGGAUGACAACUUUUCAAAUCGGGGUUCAGAUUUUUUCUUUAAGAAGCCGACAAAAUUUGGACUCUUUCAGUGAGACAAAUAAUAUUUUUCAAAGGUGGAGAACGAAUCCUUCAGAUUUCAUUUUUCAAAUGGUUCAGACAAACAAUUGAGUUUCAGAUUCUAGUCAGCUUUGGGGGAGGGGGUUCUGGAUAAAAAAUGGAAUGUCCCUAUGACCAUGUUGAACUACCUGUGCAUAGCUUGCACAGUACCUUCAUCUGUAUUUCUGUACAACAGGCCCAAGUUUCAGUCAAGGAAGUAUUGCUGCAAGCUUGGAAAGAAAUGAGAGUUUGGAGUUUGACCGCACAGAUGCUGGAGAAACAGACAGUAUCUCAUCUGAUCUUCUGACAAGAAUUACAACCGACCCGGCAUUUUUUAUUUCAUUUUCGGAUGAUAACCUUCAAGACGUGAUUAACUUUGACCCUGAGCAAUUUGCAACAGCAUUAGAUAAGAGUCUUGCUGUAGCCAAGCACAAACAAGAAGCUUGCCAGCAAGAACUGGAUAGACGGACACAGUUUAAGGAGGCUACACAGUUGUUGAAACUGUUAGACAGGGCACAGCAAAAUCAAGGAGCUGAGAAUGAGACACCAGUAGGUUAUAAACGACAGAGGACUACACCUGAGUAA